UGUGAUGUUUCUUCCGUUACUAGACGCGGAGUUCCCGCGAGAUUACAGCAAACCACAACUUCCGAUACCGCAAGCAGUUAGCAACAGCUACAGUGCAGAAAGCUCUCAUGGGAGCACAUGAAGAGGACUCUGUCCUGCUGCAGACUUUGACAAGGCCGUCAGUUCUUCACCAAGUACAUAUUGCAGGAACAUGGAGAAAAUGUCACGGGUCACCACCGCCCUCAGCAGCAAUACCAUCAGUGGCCGAACUAUGUUCUGCCACCUGGACGCUCCAGCCAACGCCAUCAGCGUGUGCCGUGACGCCACGCAGGUGGUCGUGGCUGGACGCAACAUUUUCAAGAUCUACGGACUUGAGGAGGAGCAGUUUGUGGAGAAGCUGAAUCUACGCGUCGGUCGCAAGCCCUCCCUGAACUUUAGCUGCGCAGAUGUCAUGUGGCAUCAGAUGGAGGAGAACCUACUGGCUACGGCGGCCACCAACGGAGCCGUGGUCACAUGGAAUCUGGGAAAACCUUCUCGCAACAAGCAGGACCAGCUGUUUACAGAGCACAAACGCACCGUCAACAAGGUGUGCUUCCACCCCACGGAGGUUUACAUGCUGCUGAGUGGCUCACAGGACGGCUUCAUGAAGUGUUUUGACCUGCGCAAGAAGGAGUCUGUUAGUACUUUCUCAGGUCAGUCGGAGAGUGUGAGGGAUGUGCAGUUCAGCAUGAAGGAUUAUUUUACAUUUGCUGCAUCCUUUGAAAAUGGCAACGUCCAGCUGUGGGACAUCAGGCGACCAGACCGCUAUGAGAGAAUGUUCACGGCCCACACCGGUCCCGUGUUCUGCUGCGACUGGCACCCUGACGACAGGGGCUGGCUGGCCACAGGCGGUAGAGACAAGAUGGUGAAGGUUUGGGACAUGACCACCAACAGGGCCAAGGAGAUUUACUGCGUCCAGACGAUUGCCUCAGUAGCACGAGUUAAAUGGCGGCCUGAGAGGAAGUUUCAUUUAGCCACCUGCUCCAUGAUGGUGGACCACAACAUCUAUGUGUGGGACAUUCGCAGGCCUUUCAUUCCCUUCGCCACCUUCGAGGAGCAUAAAGAUGUGACCACUGGUAUUGUGUGGCGCCACCAGCACGACCCUCACUUCCUGCUUUCCGGCUCUAAAGACAGCACGCUCUACCAGCAUAUGUUCAAGGAUGCCACUCGUCCUGUGGACAAGGCCAACCCUGAGGGUCUGUGCUUUGGACUGCUGGGUGAUUUGGCCUUUGCAGCCAAGGAGAGUCUGAUCAGCAGUGACGCCAACAGAAAGCCGUACCCCGGAGGCGACCGCCGCUACCCCAUCUUUUUCUUCAAGAAGCCCGACCCGACAGAACAGUUUGCCCAUGUGUCCAGUGCUCUUACCGUCUUUGAGACAGACUUGGACAGUAACCGCAUGGACUGGUUUGUCAAGACGGCACAACUCUACCUCCUCAGCGGGAAACCGUUUGCUGAACUGUGUGAUCACAAUGCCAAGGUGGCACAAGAGCUCAAAAGACCUCAGGUUUCCACUACAUGGACCAUGCUGAGAAUUAUGUUCUCCGACCCAGCGAACCUCACCACACCCGGUCCAAACCACAACCUCAGUAAACUCGGCACCUUGCCUUUAAUGAACAGUUUCAGUAUGAAGGAAAUGGGUUCAGGGAUGGGCACAGAGAGCAGACUGGAGCGCAGUAAGGGUGACAGCAGGCAGGACAACAUCCACCUGGAGCCUGGGAACUCGCACAUCAGCAAUAAUAAUGAAGAAAAUGAGGAGACAGAAGGCAGCGACGGCCAGGCUGAGUAUAUGUUUGGCGAUGCUGAGCUGGACGACGACGACCUCUAUUCUGUGGAGCACGACAACCAAACAGAAGAGCAGGAGUACGCGCUGCCCCAGGAGGCCUUCCAGCUGCGCCACGAGAUCAUGGACAACCCAUCUGCUCCGGAGCACCUUCAGCAGGACAAGGCCGACUCUCCGCACGUCAGCGGCAACGAGGCCGAAGUCACCUGUCUGACACCCAUCGAGUCGUUCUCUCUCAUCUCCAUUUCCCAGCCGCUGUAUAGCCCGCAUCUGCCUGCCAGCUUCUUUUGCCCCAUUGUACGGGAGAUGCUGAGCCACUACGCCGAGCAGGGCGACGUACAGAUGGCCGUGUCCGUGCUCAUCGUCUUGGGGGAGCGAAUCCGUAAAGAGAUUGAUGACCUCACACAGGAGCACUGGUACAUGUCCUACAUAGACCUGCUGCAGCGUUUCGAGCUGUGGAACGUGUCUAAUGAGGUCAUCAAGCUGAGUACGUGCAGCGCCAUCACCUGCCUGAACCAGACGUCUACAACGCUGCACAUCAACUGCAGCAACUGCAAGCGACCAAUGAGCAAUAAGGGCUGGAUAUGUGACAGGUGCCACCAGUGUGCCAGUGUGUGCGCCGUGUGUCACCAUGUGGUGAAGGGACUGUUUGUGUGGUGUCAGGGCUGCAGCCACGGCGGACAUCUGGAGCACAUGAUGAACUGGCUGAAGAGCAGCGCUCACUGCCCUGCCGGCUGUGGUCACCUGUGUGAGUACACCUGAGCCAGUUCCAGCCACUCGUCACACAGCUGCUCCUCUGUGGGAGAGGGGAAAACACACCAGCCCGAAUCCCACACAAACACACACCACAGACAGACGAGAUGUCUACGUCCCUGAAGCCUGAAGCAUUUUGUCACUGUGGAAAGAAGGAUGGCUUUGAAAUGAGAUCAGGCCAGCGGUCUGAAGGAGGGGGAGGUUUCUGUGUGCUCUCCUGGACAGCCAUUCAAGAGCAAACACAAUCACAUGUGAAUUCAUAUUUGCAUCUGAACUGCUUUUUGAACUGCUGGUGGAUUUGUAUAAACAGAAGUUACAAAAGAUUAAAAAUUCACACUUGCUGCUUUUACAUUGUUUUUAAAUCCUGAAGGAGGAAAUGUUAGCUCAUCAUAAGUGGAUUGUUAAUGUUUGUACAUAAGGUUUAUUUUGAAGUACUGUAGAUAAUGUUGCAUUAAUUUAUAUUAGAGAGAUAAAUGACUCUAUAUUCAAGCGAUACAUUAAAGCAACACAUUUUGAAUUGACACCGAGUUGUCCUGGUCUGGUGUAGUCUGACAUUCACAAGAUAAAGCUUCACUUCCUUGCAGUACAUCUAAUCUCCGUCGAGCCGUGUGAGUAAAACGUCACGCUCGAGGGCACCUUACAGAAAGAACACUACUUAUUCAUUUUCCUCAAACACGCUUCGCUCUCAUGGGCCCAGAAAUCCCAGCUGGCAGCCUGCCAACGUCUCCAGCCUCCAGUCCAGCAGCUCCACAUAACGUGUGCUGCUCGGAGUAACAGUCGCUUGUCAUAGUUUGCAUAUCUCACUGCUGGUGUGAUACACAACAGAUAAGUGUAGGAGCCAACAGAGACAUCUCUGGUCCAGAUAAAGCUCAACAGAACUGCUCCACAAUGGGAGAAUUUUAAUAUUUAAAUUUAUAUCCCUGUGCUACUGGUUAGAGGUCUUUAUAUGGAAAUGAUCUCUGGGAGGUGCAGAAUGUUUUAUUAGUCCAGUCCUAAGUCUGAUUGUGUUUAUUUGGGCACAUUUACAUUUUGGAUGCUUCUAUUGUCUGCCAUUUAAAGUGUUAAUCAUCAACAGAGCAUCACUGUGGACAACCAGAGACCUUAUUUACUGAAGAUUCAGCUUGGUGUUUGACGCAUUCUAAAGCUUUCACAGAUUACAGACUAAUUAAAAAUGAUGUCCCAUCACAGCAGUAAAGUUAAAAUCAUAUGAUGUUAUUUGUACUUUGGGUGGUUAAAGCCAAAAGCUAAAUAUUAAAGUUGCACAGAUGCUAAGGAGACAAAUUAGUUCUUAAGAGAAAUCAGAACUUCAGCCAGCUGCUUAGAGUCACUUUUACGACACUGUAAAAACAGCGAUCAUCUUGUCUUCUUGACAUCUUGAGUCUCGGUAAUAAAUUAGUUGUUGAGUCAUUACUGAGAUGUACGAGCUGGAUGGAGUCUGUGCUCGCUGAAAAACCUGCAGGCCUGAGGCUGGUGUAUCUGGAUCAGCUGUUAAAGCUAAACUCAGCCAACACCCACAUUGUGCCAAGGUUGUUACUGUGCAGAAAGUGUCACCACAUUGAUUUACCGCCAAGGCCCCGGGCACAAUCGAGGAUUUUCAAAUGUACUCCAUGUGAGGACAUCCUGAAAAUCAAGAGGGGAUUCCCUGACCCCGAGGCUCAGCCUGCUCUGAACUACUUUACGCUGUAGUGACAGCAUUUUAAAUAUUGACCACAUUAAUAGUCAGACUAAACUGAACCGCCUGAUUAGAUCGAACAAUAUGCCUCGGAGUGUCACAAUCACAAAUCACAUCCAGGAGCAGAGACCAGCAAAGUUCAUUGUUGGUUUAAGAGGCAAAUUCUACAAUGUCUGAUGUAGUCUCAAAAAAAAAAUAAAAUAACGCAGAGCCUAAUGAGCACCACAAAUCUCAGUAAGAGGAAAAGAGGACAGACAAAUAUUUAGAUAUAUUACAAAGUAUUUUAAGCUGCCGGGUAUUCUUUCUCUUUCUUCUGUUUGUUCUGAUCAUUCUGCUCAUGUAUACCACUCUGGUUUUCUCCAGGCUCUGCUAACAUGAAUACUGAACAGUGCUGUCAUGAAAUUAUCAUGUGUGUUACAGAAUUCUUAGUUGGUAGAUGAAUGGAGCAAAUCUAUCAAAAGAUGUCUCUUAGAAGGAUGCUAUUCUUUAAAAUGUGACACUAAAAUAUCUUUACAUAAGAAAAAAGCCUCACCUGUUGCAUAUGUAAUACAAUUUUCAAUUUAAAAUCACAAUAAAAAAACGUGGCAUUUUAAAGAUUUCAGAAGAUUUCAUGGACUCUAUAGCAGGGCUCCAGACUAACUAUUUUCCUAGGUGGUCCCACAGUGGUCCCUAACUUAAAAUUUUAGGAGCGCAAGCAGAAAAUUGAGGGGCGCGCACCAGUGGCUGAUCUUCCGUUGGAAAUGUACAUUACUGAUACUCUGAUUUCUGACGCUCAGAACGCAACUUCGUUGUCCGAUUGCACCUGAAUGCACCAAUGACGUGAGUUUGAUCUUUUGAUUGUAUUUAAUUUGGAUUUGAAGAAGCUUUGAAGAGGUUUCCUGAUGCCAGAGGAGAAGAGGAGCAGCUUUGGACCUUAGCGGUAAGAAGACAGUGGCCGUUUCUUGGUACCGUAACUGUCUGUACUUGCGUUCUCAUGUACUCCUGAAAUGUCAUCAUCGAGACUGCAUCGGACCAGACUAGUGUGCAUAGAUAUGAAUCAGUAGAUAGAUAUACAUCUGUGACUGGAGCUCCGAGUGGACAGGAGGAUUUUAUUAGAGGAAGUCAGACAAAGUCACACAGAGAAACAUUAGACUUCACACUGAAACAGAGCUACAGCUCUGUGUCUUGGACAGGAUUUAUUUUAAAAGCUACAUGUGUGAGGGUAAUAAUCCGUGCCAUAGUACACCUCAUUAGCACUUCCGGUCACUCCAUGGAUGCUGUUGUCCGUAUGUAAUGUGGAUUAAUUUUUCAUUUAAGACGAGAACAGAAAUAUU